AUGGACUCAGGUAAUGGUUCUAAUCAUCCCACUCCACCUCCCUUAACACCCACUGUCAGAAUCGAUAGACCCGACGAAGCCCUAGAGCUCGCAAAUACCCUCUUGGUUUGGGACGAGAUAAAAAACAACCUCAUCCGUCUCUAUUCGAGCAAGAAAAGCGAGGCCAACCUGCUAAGUGAGCUUAGCACAUUUUCUGACAACCAGACUUUGGGCCAACUGUUCUUUGGAAUAUCAAAAGUGAGAAGCCAACUCUUCUCCAUACUCAAGAACAGCGAGCACAACAACACCGUUAUAGACGCCAAGAAAGUUGUCUAUAACGAAGUGUGUCUCAACGCUUUUAUCACAGGUUUGCGAGAACCUCUCAAGACGUUCGUCAGGCUUAAGUCCCCUUCUACUCUCAAACAGGCAUACAAGCAAUGUCAAAUAGAGCAGACCUUGUAUAGGGCACAAAACAAUCGGUCCAAUAGAACAGAACAGAGAUCCAAUGAAUCGGACGGUAGAAAUUUACGAAAUAAUAACGACAAUAAUAACUGCAAUGGACGAAACGACCGAAGCGACCAUAGAGGACCAUAUUCUAAUUCUAAUCAGAACAGAUCAUCUAACUCGGGUAACUUGGGUACAUCCAGAGUUGUGUAG